CUCAUCGUGAAAAGAUAAUGGCUUACUCGAAGAAAUGCGGCCGUGUGCAUCUGCAACGUUCUGAUACAUUUUACUGCCAUGACAGCGUUAUGGCAGUAAAAUUAUCAGAAAUAUUAGUGGUUGCUUAUUACCCGUUUACCUACGCACUGGACUGUGGAUCCAUGGAAGGCGCUUACCAGCGGGACCGAGACGAGCGCACGUCCCCGGUACGCAGUUUUACCCGGGAAGAAGAAACGAUCCGCGAGCACGCCAGUAAGCAGCCGAGAAGUCCUCGAUGUUCUGAUGUAUUUUGUUGUCAUAACCCGAAAGCAUUACCGUUAUGGCAACACAAUUAUCCGAAAUUCCAGCAGGUUGGCUAUCGCCUGCUGAUCGAACAGCUAGAAGCAGCCUUCGAGAGGGCGUCGAUUGUUCGAGUUCAAUGACGCUCAGAAUAAUGUAAAUCAGUAGCGAGAACAAAUAGUUUUAUAAUAAACUCAUAUCCUUUA